AUGUGUCUAAAUCAGUCUAGUUUAGCCAUCAUGGUCGUUCGGGUAGCCUGUUUGAUUCUACUUUUUGUCGCCCUUGCGGCUGCAAUACCCCCCGGGGUGCUACGAAGUUUGGUCCCAUUACACCAGCGCUCCUCAAGUUACCAAUACCGCCAAGACUAUAACGAAGGUCAAUACAGAGGCGACAAUUCCGGUCAGUACAGCUCCGGAAAAUACGUUCCAGAUGACUCCGGAAAAUACAUUCAUAUUGACAAUCCUUACAAGCACGUCGUCGGACCAGAAGGUGGUUUCGGUGGUAAUGGAGGUGUAGGAGGAGUGGGAGGAGUCGGAGGCAAAGGACCAGGCGGACCACCAGGACCACGAGGACCACCAGGACCCCCCGGACCGCCAGGACCUCCCGGACCCAACCCAUACGGACCGAAAGCCGGCGAAACCCACAUCAACUCUAUCAAUUAUGGAUAUUUGCCAGUUUAAAUAUCUUGUUCGGUUAUGUUGUAAACAUUUGUUUGUAUAUUAUUGUAUGUAAUAAAAUUUAUCUGUGUAAGUAAAUA